CAAAGAGAAUCAACUCCCAUCUCCUGUCAACUCAGCAGCUGGUAGCUGGACUCCGCAAAGGGACUUGGAUGCUGUCUUCCUCCAAGAGCUGCGUUCAAUCCAUGUCUUUCGCCCUGGCUCCCAGUGAUGAGGUGGAUUUUGCCUUGGCUUUUCGUAAUCAGCAGUGGUUUGCAGGUCUUUCCCCAGAAUGCCAUCACCACUGUUACUACCACAUCACCACCUGUCAUCUCUUCAGUGACCGAAGUCUACACACGAACACAGUACUGUAAAUGGCCAUGCGAAUGUCCAGCGACGGCACCUCUGUGUCCCUCUGGCGUCAGUCUGCUCACAGAUGGAUGUGAGUGUUGUAAGAUGUGUGCCAAGCAAAUCGGGGAGAAUUGCACCGAGGUGGACAUCUGUGAUACUCACAGGGGGCUGUACUGUGACUACAGCAGAGAUGCACCUAGGUACGAAAUAGGAGUGUGUGCACAAAUAGGCGGUGUGGGCUGUCUUCUCAAUGGAAUCAGGUACAACAACGGGGAGAGCUUCCAGCCCAAUUGCAAAUAUAACUGCACCUGCAUCAACGGGGAUGUGGGUUGCAUCCCCCUGUGUACUGACUCCAAGCCACCCCUCGUUUGGUGCCCAAACCCGAAGCAGAUUAAGGUCAAGGGCGAAUGCUGUGAAGAAUGGGCCUGCGACUAUUCAAAGAAACCCAGGAAGACAUCUGCACGACAUAUCUCUUCGGCAGUUUAUGGAGGAGAAAUUGACACAUGGCAGAAGAACUGUAUCCUGCAAACAUCUUCCUGGAGCCCUUGCUCCAAGACUUGUGGAAUGGGCAUUUCCACAAGGAUCUCAAAUGAUAAUGCCCAGUGCCAGUUUAUGAAAGAGAGCCGGCUCUGCAAUCUGCGCCCAUGCGAGGUGGACCUCACCAGGCACAUUAAGCCUGGGAAGAAAUGCUUGGCGGUGUACAGAGAGGAGGCUCCCAUGAACUAUACGCUCUCUGGGUGCACAAGUAAGAUCCGCUACAGGCCCAAGUACUGCGGCCUGUGCCUGGAUGAGCGUUGCUGCAGCCCGUACAAAUCAAAGACCAUUGAAGUCAACUUCCACUGUCCGGAUGGGACUGACUUUUCCAGGAAAAUCAUGUGGAUCAAUGCCUGUUUCUGCAACCUGAGUUGCAAGAACCCCAAUGACAUCUUUGCUGACUUAGCUCAUUUUCACGAUUACUCUGAAAUUGCUAAUUAACUUGAUAGGAGUUGAUGGGAGGGAGGGAGAGGAGAAGAUCAAGAGGGAAACGGAGAUACAGUGGCCUACAAUGUAUUACUACUCUGAUUUUACAGAGGGUUAAAAAUUAAUAAAAGGUAGUUGUUGUUGUUGUCAUUGCAAUUGUUUCACCUGGGGCAGGUGAGAAGGAAGCUCCCAGCAGGCUUUGUUGAUCUGUCUGUGUAUGUUCCAGCAUAACUGUGC